AGAAUUUUUGUCUUCCCCGCCAAAAGUUUUUUUGGAGACUCCGCCGGCGACCGCCGGCAGGGACCAAAGCCAAACUUGACAGUAUCGCCAACCUCGAUUCGUCCUCACGGGACAUCAUCAACGCAGCACUACCCUGACUGCUGCGCCACCGCACUUUGCCUACCACGAACACGUUGGCUCCGAGAGCAGCUUGCAACAAUGCCCGCAAUCGGGCCCGUCUCAGCCGCCGCAGCAGCACCGCAACAGUACAAACAGCCGUCGCGAAAGGGCAAAAAGGCAUGGAGGAAGCACGUCGACGUUUCCGAGGUCGAGAAGGGACUUGAGAAGCGGAACGAGGAGAUCAUUCAUGGAGGCGUCUACAAAGAGCGACCAUCGGAGGCUCUCUUCACCGUAGACACUGUCGGGGACGCCUCCAUCCCCAAGAAGUUCCCCAAGGCCAUAAAGAAGACGCUGAAGGCCGACGAGAUCAUCGCUGCUCGGUCCGCCGUCCCUGCCGUCUCGUCUCGAAAGCGGCCGUUAGACAGCAAGGUUACGGACGGCGUGUUGCCGGUUAAGCGCGCCCGUAAGGACUAUGUGUCGCAGAAGGAGCUGCACCGCCUGCGCAAUGUCGCCAACGGCCACCACGAAUCGACCAUCGUCGUCGCUGAUGCCCUAUAUGACCCCUGGGCUGUCGCUGAGGCGCCUACCACUGGCCCGAUCGUGGCCGCGAAGAAGAGCGAAGAGCAGGAACUCGAGUUCGUGCCCAAGCCGCAAAAGGCCAAGGCCCCCGAGACGCUGAGGCGCCAGCCCCUGUCGCUGGCCGCCAACGGCAAGCCGGUGCCCGCGGUGCCAAAACCCCAGGGUGGAUACAGCUAUAACCCGCUCUUCACCGACUACGUCGAUCGCUACAACGAGGAAGGCGCCAAGGCGGUCGAGGCGGAGAAGCAGCGGCUCGAGGCGGAGGCGGCAGAGCAGGCCAAGGCGGAGGCUGUCGCGCGGUCCGCUGCCGAGGCCGAGGCCGCCGAGGCGCGUGCCGACAUGUCCGAGUGGGAGGAGGACGAGUCAGCGUGGGAAGGGUUCACGAGCGGCGGGGAGGACGCGGCGCCCAAGGCCAAGAAGCGCGCCGAGCGCAAGACGCAGGCGCAGCGCAACAGGAUAAAGCGGCGCAAGGAAGAGGAGCGUCGGCUUAAGGAGAAGGCGGCACAGAAGCUCAAGAACAUACAGCAGGCGCAGAUCAAGGAGCUUGCAACAGAGGUGGCGGAGCGCGAGGAGGCGGCCGCUCUGGCCAGGAUCGAGAUGAGCGACGAUAGCGAAGAGGGCGACGACAGCGAGCUCAGGAGGCGCCAGCUGGGCAAGUUCAGGCUGCCCGAAAAGGACCUCGAGCUUGUUCUACCCGACGAGCUGCAAGACUCGCUAAGGCUGCUCAAACCCGAGGGUAACUUGCUCAAGGACAGAUACCGCAGCUUGGUGGUCCGCGGAAGAGUGGAAGCCAGGAGGAGGAUACCAUUCCACAAGCAGGGCAAGAGCAAGUUGACCGAGAAGUGGUCCCACAAGGACUUCCACUUAGAGUGAGAGUCCGGCUUGCUGUUUUCACUGUUGCGCGAUAAUAAAAGUCGACAUGGCUCAUUCUUUCAACACCUGCACGUGUAGCUUUGAUGUCUCCCUGUAUAAAUCUGCCUUUCGGUUUACCGCCGUAGCGUCCUGAGAAGAGAUUCCCGAUCUCGAGAAUUCCUGAACCACCUAUCUGACACUCCUUGAUAACCGGCUAUCCGAGCCCAUCCCUUCCUAGACAAAAGAAAACGCUCGAUAUUGAAGCAAAAGUCCCACUAGUACCGC